UCUCUCGCACCCCGAGCCGAGAGUACCGCAGGAGGCCAGAAUCGCGAUCUCUCGCUCUCUCUGUAUCCUCGUUCGUGUCUAUUUUCUUUCUCCUUACCCUCUUACACAGCCUCGCAUUUACAACAUACUCAGCUUCCCACACAUGACACACGGAGACAAAAGUUUCAUUGACCAGUGAGAAACGUGGUGGCGGUGGUGAAGACCGGUAGUGGUGGCAAGAAAAGUGGUAGUGGUUGUGAAAGUGGUGGUGGUUGGUAGGGGGUGGUGAUACUUGUCGUAGUAAAUAUGGUGAAUUUUCACGGAGACACACCCCCGGAGAAGACGUGACACUAGGGGGAUGAGAGGACCGGUGAUCAGGCUCGCGGUUGGAUUUAAGUCCCGCAGCAAGCGACUGGUUCUUAGACUGGACCGGGUUAACUGAUGGCGAUGAUCGGGGCCAAUCUAAGAUUCGGCAUCGGCGCGUCGGGAAACGGGUCGUCGAACGCGACCAAGGUGUUCCAGUGUCAUCCAGGUGGUGCAACCGAGGCCACUCUCAUCUUCAGCCUCGGCGCUCUCGGCAUGGGCGCCAACUUCCUGCUGAUGGCGCUGAUCCUGGCCAAACGCCAGUUGCGCAGAUGGUCACAGGGGUUGCUGUUCCACCAAGCGAUGGUGGAUUGCGCUCGAGCUGCGAUUUUAUUGCCCCUCGGAUCGAGCAUACUCAACUGUCAGCCGAUGACCAAGUGUUCCCUGGUGGAGACAGCGUUUCUGCUGCUGGUGACAGUCUCGACGGUGAACAUGUUGACGACAGUGCUGAACGACAGUCCGAUUUUCCCGGAAACCGACGAGGAGGCAGACCUAGCGGCUCCUUUGCUCAUGGAUUCGCCUCAGUGCGUGUUAUUCGGCACGUUCAUGAUAUGGUUCGCGAGCAUCACCAUCAACCUGGGCCCGACAUUUUUAAGCGGAGCGCUAGCCGCGAACACGGAAUCGGGCCACAAUGCACCGAGCUGCCCUCUGGUACAUGGUCCAUUCCGCCAUUACAUCCUAAACGUUCUCUGGAUCGCCAUCAAUUUGAUUUGCGUCGGUCUCACCCUCAUCCAUCUUCGAAAACUGCACAAAGACCUGGCCAAGGCGAACGUUGAAGCGGUAAAGGUAGCACUACUAACGAUUCUCGUGAAUACAACGGGUAACCAACAAACGAACGCGGUUCCUGAAAAUUCUGCCGCAUCUACGAACGGUGGCACGCCCAAGAGGAGCGGAGCGGCGGAGGAGCACCGGAAAAUGAGGAAUUACUUAAAGAGGAUGGAGAGGGAGGGCGUGCAGAGGGUGAAGAUGUUUCUGGUGGUCACCACCGCGUACGUUAUCUUUUGGGGACCACUGUUCUUCGUCACUCUGGUGAAUCAUCCUAUCAUCGGGAUUACAACUGGUUACGAGGUGACUCUACAUAUCGCGUACAUCCACGCAUUCGUGAACCCGGUGCUCUUCCUCAGCCUGCACCGCGGCCUACGUCAAGGCCUGUCGGAGUUCUUCUGCGGCUGCUGCGAGGUGAUCGCCAGCUGGAUUCUGGGUCCAAGCAUCCCCGUGGAAAGCGUGCAGCCACCACGAUACCACGAACCCAUGGAGGCGGUGCCAUCGCCGCCGGAACCACCGCUGGUGCAACCCGAUGCGUGUCCGGAUCUAACCGACGUGGCACUGCUCAAACCACCUUUGCCACCCACUGGCAAACAUUUACUGGACGACGUUAUGAUCGUACCGCCGGAUCCGUGGACUCUGGUUUCAAGGUCGAAAAGCACGUCAAGCGUUUACGAGGAAGACGUUAGUAGAAGAUCGAGCAUUUUGUUACCGCCGGCCCCGAAAAUAAGCGACUCGGAAGUGAACGUCAGCCCAACUAGCAGCGAUCUACCUAGUGAAUAAACUUUCUUAACAUGUUUCCUUAAACCAGUAAGAUUCAAUUACAGAAUUCCCUUUCUUUCGCGAACUUGGUUCAUUGCUUUGCUUAUUAUGCAUAUCAUUUGGAAAGUUUCAACGAGAAAAUUUCGAAACAAUUUCAUUACGAAUUACGUAAACGUUCGUCCAUAGCUUGGUACGUUAUUUUAUUUUAUAAAGCAGAAAACUCCCGUUGAAUGGGAAGAGACAAAUUUUCCUUGUAGUUGUUUCAAACUGUACUAACGAGUUUUUCAACAAUUUCCGUGGAAAAUUCGAUGAAAUUAUAUUGGAAAUAGGAAUACAAUAUUUU